UUCUUAUGAAAUUGUUUCUCAAUUGCUGAACAGCUAUUUAUUAACCAAUCAACGGUAGUUAAACAGUCUAGUGCAGAGUGGUAAUAAAGACCCUAUAGAGGGUCUCUACGUGGUAAGGGGAGGUGGAGCUAGCUGAAAAUCGGCCGUCGCGUGCAGAUCUGCAGAUCUUGCCGAGCUCGAGUGUGUAAUGUACUCGGAUCCAAUUUGAGAUAUAUUCCAGAUAUAUUCUACGUGUAUUUAUAUAAAAUCUUUUAUAUUUAUCUUUCUUUUAUUUUAUAGAAACAGGUAAUUAACUAGGAAUUAUUUUCUGAUUGGUCUCCCUGUUAUUCACGUGUCUAUUGUCUUAUAUACUAAACAGUAUAAUUAAGGAACAAAGACCAAUUGAGUUUUAAUACUUAUGAAACAGUAUGAUGUCGUGCCCAGAAAGUAACAAGGAACUGAAUAAAGUUUUAAUUAAUACACCAGAAUGUCUACCUUUGCAAGAGCAUCAGCAAUUUGAUUCAGUUUUAAACAAAGCUCGCUUGGAAAUUAUAAGCCUUCAUCAAAAAUUGUGUCAUGCCAGAAAAAACUUGGAAGAUGAAAAACGUAAACGUCGAUCGGUUGAGAGAUACAGAAAUGCAUUGGAGGGUCAUAUUAACAUGGCUAUAGAGGUCUUAUUCCACGACAGAAGAACAAACUUGAAUGAAACAGUAAAAGAGAAACUACAGUUCCUUAACCAAUACAUGAUUGAAAUUAAAUAUAACAAUCCAUGUAUCAAAAACAAGCAGAAUGAGGGACAAUUGGCUGCAAUAACAGAAACAGAUUCUACGGGCUCCAUACUAAGUGAUUUGAAUUGUUUGUCAAAAUCAGAGGAUGAUUUGGACACUAAUGCUAUUAUAAAGGUUCAAAACCAGGUUGAGUACAAAGAACAUAAACCGAGCGACGAAUGUUCUGCGAAUAAGCAGUGCAGCACAUUGGACAAAGUUAUAGAAUUCAACUUACCAGACAGACUGGCGACUGUGGGAGUUGUGCCAAAGGGCGAAACAUGCGCCACAGCUUCUGAGAAUCAGGUUGCAUCCAGCAAAGGAAGUGUGAUCUCAAUUAAUCCCAAAUCAUUAACUCCAGAAGCACUGACACACACUUUCAUGUCAAGAAUAAUUAUCAAGCCAGAAAAGUGUAUUCUUUGUGAUGGAAAAAUCAAAUUUGGAAGAAGAGUCCGGAGAUGUAUUGACUGUCACAUUAUAUGUCAUUCGGAAUGCAAAACUAAAUUUCUUCAAUGUCCGGAUCGCGACAGUAAAUUGGCAAUGUUAUGCAAAGUUAGCAAACGAAAUCAAUGCUUAGAACUUCGUCGUUUCUGAUCUAGUUAAAUUAAUUUUUUAUAUUAUUUCUGUAAAUAUGAUUAUUGAGAAACUUCUGACUUGGAAUAUUAUAUUGAUAGAGUAUCUCUAGUUACAUGACAAUUGCUACAACUGCAAUCUCUUAUAUUAUUCGCAUUGAAUUAAAGAAUAAUUUAUACAA